UCCAUUAACCCAAAACAUAAACACACACCACAAUGGCCUCUCUUUCUCCUUCCACAACCACCACUACCACCACCCAAAACCUCUCUGCUGUCCCACGUAACGCUUUGCUAUCAAAAUCAUCCCAACUUUCCGCCUUUAGAUCCACCCAAAGUCGUCGUGUCCCAGCUAAGAUCUCAUGCAAUGCAGCAAACAAUAAUGAGUCCAACAAGUUUGAUAGAAGAAACUUGCUCAUUGGGUUGGGUGGUCUUUAUGGUGCAGCUACCACCUUAACAAGUGGUAAUCCUACCUUAGCCGCCCCUACCGCCCCCGAUGCGACCCAAUGUGCGCCAUCCACAAUAGAUGAUGGGUCAACCUUAUUAUGUUGCCCACCUAAACCCUCACAAUUUGUCGACUUUAAGCUGCCUAAAGUCAACCCUAAACAGUUGAGGCUUCGACCAGCGGCCCAUUUGGUCGAUGAACAGUACUUAGCCAAGUACUCAAAAGCUUUAGCCUUAAUGAAAGCUCUACCUGAUAGUGAUCCUCGUAGCUUUAAGCAACAAGCUGAUGUGCAUUGUGCUUAUUGUAAUGGGGGUUACCAUCAAGUUGGCUUACCCAAUCUCGAGUUUCAAGUUCAUGGAUCAUGGUUAUUUUUCCCCUUUCAUAGGGCUUACCUUUAUUUCUAUGAAAAAAUCUUAGGUAAGUUGAUCGAUGAUCCCACUUUUACCAUUCCAUACUGGAACUGGGAUCACCCUGAUGGCAUGUAUAUGCCUUCCAUGUUUAACAACCAAAAUUCGCCUUUCUUCGACGCCAUUCGUGACCAAAACCAUCUCCCACCAACCUUGAUGAAUCUUAGUUACGAUGGGCCGGACACGGUUAGCAACCUAACCAAUGAGGAACAAAUUAACCAAAACCUUGCUGUUAUGUACAAGCAAAUGGUUGCUAAUGCCAAGAAGCCUGAAUUGUUCUUAGGUGCACCUUACCGAGCUGGGGAUCCACCAGGCCAGAGCCCUGGUACCCUAGAGGUCCAACCACACGGUACCAUCCAUAAUUGGACCGGUAACCCACCACCAAAUACUCCAUUUUGGGAGGAUAUGGGUAACUUUUACUCUGCGGGGCGGGACCCGAUUUUCUAUUCCCACCAUGCUAAUGUGGAUAGGACAUGGUCCAUAUGGAAGAGUCUGUCCCCUAAGAAUAAGGAUUUCAAGGAUAAAGAUUUCUUGAACUCCUAUUUCUACUUCUAUGAUGAAAAUGCUCAGCCUGUAAAAAUCUAUGUUAGAGAUGUCUUGGAUACCAAGAAAAUGGGGUACGACUAUCAGCCUCAGGACCUUCCUUGGUUGAAGUCAAAGCCAACUCCUAAGCGUAAUCGUAGUCCUAAGCCACUCAAGAAGGUGUUCUCCACCGUCAAGAAUGCCGUGGCUGCCGAACCCGCCACCGAUCCUGUCGUGCCAACGGUGGUCUUCCCUAAGCCAUUGAAGAAUAUCAUCAGGACUAACUUGCCAAGGCCAAGAAAGUCUAGGACUCAGAAUGAGAAGGAUGAUGAAGAAGAGAUUUUGGUGAUUGAGGUUGAGUCGAGGGCUGAUGUUUACUCCAAGUUUGAUGUGUAUGUUAAUGAUGAAGAUGAAAGUCCAACGUUGGAAAACCGUACUCAAACCGAGUACGCCGGAAGUUUCGUAAAUGUGCCUCAUAGACAUGGUGGUAAGGAUGGACACUUGAAGAAGACUACUGUGAAGUUUGGAUUAAGUGAGCUAAUUGACGAUUUGGACGCUAAUGAUGAUGAAGGAAUUGAUAUCAUCUUUGUUCCACGUACUGGAACUGAUUCAGUGAUUAUCAAGGAUGUGAGGAUUGAGUUUCAAGAUUGAUUAAGUUAAGUUCUGUUUUGCUUGAAUGUUGAAAUGAACUUGCGUUGGAGCUGAUUUACUUGUUUAAUUAGCUCCUAAUUAAUUUCCUUCGAUUUGGUUGUUGGAUGCUCUUUGUGUUCGUGUACGUGUUAUUCAUGCCUCGUGGGGGUUGAUUAUAAUAAUAAGAGUAUUUGUUGUAUCUUGUCUUCA